GUGAUGCCUCCGGAGACGAUGAAGGCUGUGCCGAUGCCACCGAGUGCGGCUCCUCGAGCUGCCCUGCCUGUCAAGCCCGAGCGCAAGGGGGUGGCGACUGAUGACGACCCGCAAAUCCGACAGCUGAAGGAGAGUGCUCGGCUGAACGGCGACGAUGAUGAUGAGGCGAUGGAGACGACGACCAGCCCGCGUGUGAGGAGACGGCUGUCGAACGCCAAGGAGAGCGCCAGCAUUUUCAGCAUGGUGUGCGAGCAGGGCGAAGUGAUCCAGUGGAUGACUGCUUGCCACCCGGACCUGACCGCGUUUGGCCGCGACUUGGAGCGUCGCGGCUACCGAACGCUCAGCAGCAUCGCGUUCCUCACUGAAGAAGACGUUGAGGGCGUGACGGAUCUCGAGCUGCGCCAAUUACUGCUAACGACGCUGUCGCGCUUGCGGCAUGAAUUGUUUCGCAUGUGAUGAGGGCAUCAGCACAAUUCAACAUUAUCAAUAGAGGCUGUGAGCUGCAGACCACUGUGUGCUCUACCACUGC